CUCACAACGCGGUAUCUGGGGCCAUGCAGAUCGCGGCAGCCAUCUGAUCCCUCUUCACCAUGGCCCUCGCCCGCAACCUCAUCAUCGGCGCAGGCACCGUAUCGCUCAUCACGUUUGUCGCAUUUUUUGGACGACUUCCGGCGUUCAGAAACACACCGAUUGGCUUUCUCCACCGACUCCUCGUCCAGCACUUUCCCUCAGCCCUCCACCAGCUCGAUGUCAAGCUCACCAAUGGCCGCAUUACGAGCGGCGGCUCCCGGUUGGGGAACUACCUGAUGCACGACAAGCACCCCGUCGUAGUCGUCUUCUUCCUCGGCCUUGUGACUGCGUGUGCUGCAAUGCUUCUGCCUUCUUUCUGGUCACUCCUUCAACUGCACCACAAGCUCUUUGCAUUCAUUCUAGUGCCGCAACCAUACGUGUUCCUGUAUCUUAGUGCAAAGAAGAACAACGAGACGUACAUCACCACGCUAAACCAUACACAACAAAUGCGACACUAUCCUUAUGAUAGGGUCCUGUAUCACCCUGGAAAGUCAUGCUCGACCUGCAGGUUUUUGAAGCCAGCGAGAAGUAAGCACUGCAGCAUAUGCAAAACGUGUGUGGCGAGGAUGGACCAUCAUUGCAUCUGGGUCAACAACUGUCUUGGACGCGGCAACUACAAGUGGUUCCUUGCCCUACUACUAUCCACGACCGUUCUGAUUGCAUACGGCGCUUACCUCGCAUGGUACGCGUUGACUCCCAAAGUCAUCCUACACUACAGCAAAUACGAACACUUCUACAGAUACAAGCCAAGCGCAGGAUCAGACCCAAACAGCAUAGCCACAUACUUCAACGCGAAAUUGCACAACUUACUCCAAUACUCGAGCAUCUACCUCGACGCAGGCGGCAUCUGUGGCUCAGGCGUCGGCCUCCUCGCGCUGCUAACAUGGCCGCUUCCCCUCGGCCUGCUCGUCUACCACAUCUUCCUGAUCUGGGCGGGCAUGUCCACCAACGAAAGCGCAAAAUGGGCAGACUGGCGAGACGACAUGGCAGAGGGCGUAGUCUUUCUGGGGCACCGGAGAGAAAACACAAUGCAAGAACACCGUUCAGCCAUGCCAUCACGUGUAUACUCCGCGCACUCAUCAUCCUCGUCUUCGCCCAUGCCGACGCCGCCAGAAACACCUCCAGACGACGAAGAGCCGCCGACGACUUGGCCGCUGGAAAGCAGACACAUUCUCAUCCGGACGCGCGACGGGCAGGCGCCGAAGAGUCUGCCCGAUCGUGUUAGCUCUGUUGUGCGGGACGAUGGGUUUGAGCGUGUGUGGAGUCUGGCGGCGGUGGAGAACGUGUAUGAUCUCGGUUUCUGGGAUAAUUUGAGCGAAGCCCUACUCAAUUAGAUAACAUGAAAUGUAUCUCAUUUGGUUUUGAUAGAAC